AUGUGGGCGGAGCUUCAGGUGAGUUAUUUAUUUUGUAUUUACGCCAGCUCAGACUGGUUUAAAUCCAAACUCUGGAGGCUGUUUGACCACAAAACACCUGGAGGCUUCAGGUGGAGGGUCAGGACUCUGGGCUCCUGUUACUACGGUAACCGUGGGGGAGGGUUAAUUAUCAGUGUUGAUAAUUUAAUGUCAUUAAAUUUCAAUAAAAAACAGUUACAACUAAAAUUGAUAACGAUGGAUGGAUAUUUUUUAAAAGACAGAGGGGAAAGAAAGUAGAGAGGAGGAGGAGGACAGAGGAGACAGAGGGGGGAGGAGGAGGAGGAGGAGGAGGUGUGUCUCUGACCUCACCCUGUCCUCGUGAAGCUGCCAGCUGUUCCUCGCGCUCUAUCGACCCAUCAAUCAGCCAGGUAACCACUCCAUCCCCAGGUAAGAGAGAGAAAUCCGAGCGAGAGGAGCAUUCAAAGGUGAGUUCAGAUUCUGAGCCUGUGGCUCCGAAUUCUACUGAGAAAAUCUACAUUUUAAAUAUAAUUUCAUUUAAAGUCAUAUUCUCCCGCUCACACCACGAAGUUUAAAUAUCUCUGAGUGUCUAUGAGUCUGUAAUUGAAUUCGGCCAUGUUGUGGUUUAAUAAUAGCAGCUGCUUCAAACAUGAUGAACAGUUUUUAAACCGCUGUAAAUACUGUCUCUCUGUGGACUUUGAGCGUGUUGGCAGAACUUUCAUCUCUCUAAUGGUAAAAUAUCAGCAGGUACAGGUGGAUGUAGAGCUGACCGAAUUAUAGUCUGGAUCCGCGGAGUUUGUGAAAAAUCAUAAAUGUUACACCAUGAGCUGAGAAAUCGUAGAGUUAAGUCGGAAAAUAUAAAUUACUUAAGUUCUGAAUGGAGUUUGUUUUAAACCAAUUCGACGCUUGAUUCAGACUUUUAAACAGCUGCUCGUAGAUUUUAAAGAAAAGUAAAUAAUAAAAUGUCCUCAUAUUAUUAUUAUUAACACGUUUUUCUGGAGCUUUACCGUCAGAUACCAUUGCAGUAACUGUCCCUUAAAUUAGUUUAAUGUAACUUAACUGAAUAAAGUACUAAUGUCAGACCGGACAAAGAUUUCUCAUUCUCUAAAUUUAAAUCUAUAAAUUAUAUAUUUUAAAUUAAAUUUAUUUUGGGGGGUUAGUCUCUGACAGAUGACAGUUAAAUCUAUAAAUGAUUAAAAGUUUAAAAUGGUUUUAAAUAACGGUGAUAAGUUCGUGUUCCAGCUGCCGCCUUUAAAAGCCCGGAAACACCUGUCACGUGUUUAAAAUGGUUCCGUCUAUCUGUCAAUCAAUUAAACAUUAAUACAUGUUUUAUUGAUCAACUAAAGUUUGAUCAGCUGUUCAUGAUUGGCAAGUGACGCAAUCUGUCCGUCCAGUUCAGUCAGUGUGUGUGUGUGUGUGUGUGUGUGUGUGUGUGUGUGUGUGUGUGUGUGUGUGUGUGUGUGUGAUGAUCACGUGACCAGCAGACGGUUACUGGUUUAACUAGAAAAGUGUUUGCUAGCUGUUUUCCCCAAAAAAUAAACAGUGUGUGUGUGUGUGUGUGUGUGUGUGUGUGUGUGUGUGUGUGUGUGUGUGUGUGUGUGUGUGUGUGACCUGUGGUUACCAUGGAAACCGUUGAAUUUCAUUAGCACAGUUACGUGAGUCUUAUUUCAGAGUUUAAGUUUCUUUUUAUUGAUUUUAGUUUAAAUAACAAUUUUUUUGGUUCUUUAAAUUAAAACUUUGAUCUUUUCAGCUGCAGUAAAAGUCUAUUUUAUUAUUUUAUUAUUUUAUUCAGUCUGUUUCAUUAGGCCUCGAUAUCACGUGUUUAAGAUCAUGAUCAAAUAUCUUUGACUUUAAUCCCACACAGAACAGAAACUCCUGUGUAAUACUUAAAGGACUAAACAGUCAAACAUAGAUAAUGAAGAAUAGAUGUCUGCUUGUGUGUCUCGGUGGUAGAGCUCGUUGUUUCUCAGUCUGAAGGUUGACGGUUCGAUUUCAGCUCCAACAACAAGCUGAAGAGUCUUUUGGUUUGAGACUCUGAUCCCUAAACUGGAGACCGAGUUAAUGGAUGAGUUAAUAUGGAUGAUCCCUAUAGCAGCUUAAUCCAUCAGUGUGUGUGUGAAUGAAUGAGUGAGUGAGUGAGUGAGUGAGUGAGUGAGUGAUUGUGGUUUAAAGAGCUUCACUCCAUCAUAGAGAAACCCUCUCACCGUUGUUUCCACCUGAAGAAUAAAAAACUCUGAAAUGAUGAUAAAACAUGUUUGUGUUCUUCUGUCCGUCCAGAUGAGUGAUUACCCCCCUCCAUACGGACCCCACCCCCCCAUCAGCCCCGGAUACCCCCCAGGUGAGUCUGAACGAGGUUUGGUUAUUAUAUUUUUAUUACAUUUAUUUUCAUAUUUCAGUCCAGCUGUGAUUCAAAACUAAGAUCCUGAAAUUUGAUUUAUUUUAUUUUCUUUAAAUUAACACCAGCCGGACUGAUCCGAACAACAAUGAAUGUAACAAUAAUAAUAAUCAUCAUCAUAGUCAUUAUUUAGAUUUAAUACUUUCAUUAUCAGUUUUAGUUUUACUUUGAUAUGGAAAUAUUUCACCAGAGUCCUGAGCAGCUGAUUGGUUUAAACAGUUGAUGUCUGAUUGGUGGAAAACGUCACAUGACCUCUCACGGUCUCUCUGCAGUUAUUGGCCCUCAGCCCUCAGCAUUUCCCGGCUCCUCCUAUCAGGUACCCAUCAUGCACUGCAGCAGUUAUUCGCACAACACCUGUGUCACGUGACCAUCCCUGUAACCAUGACAACCACACCUGUCCCCCACACAGACCUUCCCUCAGAACUAUGCUGGACCCCCAGGGCCGUACAUGAACCAGCCAGGGUACCAGGGAUACCAGAGCGGGCCCCUCGGCCCCUCGGGAGAGCAGCUCAGACCCACCACCACGGGUAGGUCAAAGGUCAACCUGUACACACACACACACACACACACACACACACACACACACACACACACACACACACACACACAGGUGAGGAGUUGAAUAAUAAAACCAGUUCAUGUCAGAUUAUUGAGGUUCGUCUCUAUCAUCUGGAUUAAAUUAAUCUAAACUGGUUCAAAUGGCGGACAGGAUUAUUGUGUAUCGAUCAGCUGAUUGUUAUUUAUUUUCAUUAUUUUAAAUUAGCCGGGAUUAUUGAGUGAAGUGAUUAAAACUCGUUAAAGGACCUUAAUCCAGCUGAGGUUUCCAUGGUAACACUGUCUCCACUGCAGUUAUCCAGUAAAAACCAUCAGAGCAGGUUAAUCUGAGCUGGUUAAAGUUUGAAACUAACCUCUUUAUCUGGAUGGUGAUCUGGUGAAGUGAUUAAAAAACCAGCUGAUGUUAUGGAGUGAAGAUCAUGUGAUUAAAGCUGAAGUUAUUAAAUGUCUUAAAAUGGUUGAAACUGGAGUUAUCUCCACUCAUCUUUAACCAAACAGCUCUUUAAACAUCCACAGAUGAACUUAAACAAAAACAACAUUAAAAACACGUGAAAACAAUCAAAACUAAAGAGUGAAAUCUUUGAUUGUUAUAAAAUGAUUUAAACUCACUGAGAUGAUCGUGUUAAAGGACUUUAAACCAGCUGGGAUCAUCAGUAACCAGCUAAAGUUAUCUGGUUAAGAUCCUCACCAUCUGGGUCAGAUAAUAUGAAGAUAACCGAAGUAACCCGGCCCGAAAUAACCAGAUUACUUUAACUGGUUCAAUAUUUAUCAAGAAUAUUCCAGAUUAGUUUGACAGGUAAAGAGGCUGAGACCAGUUUAAAGGUCGCUGAAGUUUUCACUUCGAAGCUGGUUUUAAUGGUUUCGCUGAGUUAGCUGGUUUGGACGUUUAAGUUCGCGGUACGUUGAGUUCGUCCUGAGGGAAAUUAAGACACGAGUUUUAGGUACUCAGUCUUGUUUUAACGCGCUGGUUGUACCUGUGACUUAUUUCUGGUUUAAUUAAAAAUGACCGUUAACUCGACGUUGUCCCCUCCCCCCCCUCGCAGUGGUGGUGGUGGAGCAGCAGAGACCACAGGACGACGGCGGCGCCGAGGAAGGGUUUUUGGCGGCGUGUUAUGCCGCUCUGUGCUGCUGCUGCCUCAUGGACAUGCUGAGCGACGACCACUCUGACUGCUGCACCGACUGACCUUUGACCUCUACCACCUGGUGUCUUCUUUCCCAUCAUGCAGUGGGGCUGACGUUGAUUUAAAAAUGUACAAAUAUGAUAAAAAUUUAGACGAAACAGUUUUAUAAUCUUUUGUUUCUGAGUCUGUAAAUAUCGAGCUCUCUGAUUGGACGUAGGGCACUCUGACACGUUUGUUGUUACUUCCUGUUUGCGUUUGUUUGUUUUCAGUUUUCUCAGAGCUACGGUGGCCCAGAGGGGUCACUGAUGUUUUCAGAGUUUUUAAAGUGUUUGUUUCUGAGCUCUGUUUUUCUGCGUCUUUCAAAUAAAGAGAGUCGGAGAGUUUAUGAAGAUUUACAGGAUUAAACCUCCUAAACUUCACACAAAAUAAAGGAAACUACAACAACAAGAACAAAACCACCUAAAAUAAAAAAGAGGAUUACAAAUAAAA